AAAAAGUAAACUUCGUUGUCAAACUUAAAAUAAAAAUGAUUAGAAUCAAUUAAUUCUCGUUUUGCUAGUUUUCGGAUUUUGGCUUCUAUUUAGCAUUUUUUCUUUAGGUGCAAUGUCUUCUCAUUAUUCUUUGUAUGUAAUAAUCUUUCUGGCUAAUAUAAGUUUUCCGUGAAUACCCCUAAUGUUUCAUUGGAGGUGAUGAAGUAAAACAUGAAAGAAACAUAAAAAUAUUAUCAUCAAUGUCAAAAGAUUUGAUGAAAAUUCUCUAUUGUGUGUGAAAAAGUUGAAUUUUCCUGGGAAAAAUUGGUGUUUUCUUUGCAAAAAAUGGGUGCUAUAGCGAGUAGACAAAAUGCAACAGUUGAGGAAGCAGACAUUGUGUCCAAUCACUACAAAUAUCCACCGAGAUCGGGAACCUACUUUGGGAGUCACUUCAUCAUGGGCGGAGAACGCUUCGAUACUCCUCAGCCAGAGUCCUACUUGUUUGGAGAGAAUGGGGAUCUCAACUUCCUGGGGAAUCGUCCAACUCCGUUCCCCUACCCACCGCCUCAGGCGAAUGAACCCACAAAGACCCUCAAGUGUCUCGUGAACAUCCGGAAGGAGUCCAUUAGAUUUGUGAAAGCCGAUCCCAGCAGUACCAAGAUCACAGCUGAGGCUGCCAAGGCCGGCAAUGCAUUCAACAUUGAAUUUACAUUCGACUCAGACGCCAAAUGUGCAAUAACCAUCUACUACUUUUGCUCCGAGGAGGUCUCCUCGGGUGCUGUGAGCUUCCUUUCGCGUGAUUCUGCCCUCACAUCUGAAACAUAUCACUUCAAGCGUGGCGUCAAUCAACUCUUCUCACAAUCCACCCAUGUCUUCACACCUUCCAUGUUCUCUGACGAAGAUCUGGCCUACAAUUCCGAGCGUGAUGUCAUCCCAAUUGCCAUCCACUGUGUCGUUGAGGAGGGUCUCGAGGAAUCCCGUCAAUCUCACACAACCAUCUGCGUUGUGGAUCAUCACAGUGACGGCACUUACGUGCUACGUGCGCUGAAGCAGAAGAUCUUCGUUGAUGGGCUCAGCUACCUCCUGCAGGAGAUCUAUGGGAUUGAGAAUAAGAACAUCAACAAGUCCGCGAGUGAUGAUGAGAAUGAGGGCAAUAGCGAAUGCGUGAUUUGCAUGAGUGAUGGACGUGAUACGCUAAUCCUACCAUGUCGACAUCUCUGUCUCUGCAAUUCAUGCGCUGAUUCACUGCGCUAUCAAGCCAACAACUGCCCCAUUUGUCGUGCCCCCUUCAAGGCCCUCCUGCAGAUCCGUGCGGUGCAGAAGAACUCCACGGCUCAUCAUUUACCCGCUCCAGCACCUCCGGAUGCGGGAGAGAACAUUCCCAAUGGCUACAUGGCUGUAGCAUUGAUUGAGGCACUCAAUGGGCCCCCAGGGGGUACAAUGAGGCACCAGAGCGUCGAUGGACUAGAGCAGGACACUGCGGAUGCAGUGCAAGCUGCGGAAAUUCUCAAUCGAAGCCUCGAUCGCAAUGGGAAGACAACAACCAAUCCCAAGGAUCCUGAGAAGCAAGGAAAGGACAAAGGGAGCCAAAAUACUCCGGAGUUCCGUAUGUCGGUGCUACUUUCCAAGGAAGAUGGGAAUGUGACAAAGGAACUUCUGACCAAGCAUUCACCCCUCGUGAAUCGUGCACCGCAGAGUCGUGAUAAAAAUCCCCGCGAGAAGGGCUACCUUCGAGCAUCGCAUGACAACGUGAAGAUGGUGAAUGAGAAGAAUUCCGGAGGUGAGAAUGACGAUGACAGUGAGACGGAGAGGCUGUCACCGCUCCUGAACACCUCAACUAGUGCCCAAGGCCCUAAGCUAGGAUCGGCAUUGCAUAUUGACGGUGUGGAGGAAUCUAUUGAUGACACAGACACAGAUGCUGAUGAAGGUGAUAAAGAUAGCAAGAAGAAAUCGCGAUCAGUGUUGAAUAGCGAUAAGGAAGUAGCUGAAGAUUCGGACUACUACACCCCUGAAGAUCCCCACACGACCAUUCUCAGCCCUCUCUAUUCCGAGAAUGGGAGCAAUAGUUUGGGGAAAUCAAAGGAGAAUCUCUCAACUCUGUCAACCCCAGUGGCUGCCCUCAAGGAAGCCGCUCAAUCGCUGCCAGAUAGUCCCAUAAGUGGGAAUUCCGCUUCAACACGCAGCUCUGGUGAUAGCUACUCUUCCAGCUCGUCGACAAAGCAACUCCUAGCAUCAGUGCCAAGUGAUGGCAAACCCGGGGAUAAGGAGAGCUCCCAAGAGGACAGCAGCACCCCCUAAAUGACACACUACACACACAACACACACAUGAAUGGAUCUGAUUAGCAGGAUGUGAAUGAUGGGGGUGGGGAAUUGUGAGUGAAAUGCAUUUAAUCAGUAUUGUGAUGAUAUUUCGGGCGUGAAUGGUGUUUUCUUCUCCUUUUUCGUGGGUUCAAAGCCUUUAAAAUAAUAAUGAAAAAAAACUUUCAAUCUCGGUCGAAGGACUUUCUAUAUCUCUAGGAGAGAGAGUAUUUACACAACAACAACAGAAUUAAUAUUUAGUAGAUGUUACUGGAUCUUCUCAAUUAUUAUUCUAUAUACAUAUAUUAUAUUUACUAAAUGUAAUGCAAUACGUAUUGAAGCACAUAUACAUUAAAAUGUCACGAAUUAAAAUA